AUGGCUCACCCGGGGAGAAGAGGCUACGAUAACCGGGAGAUAGUGCUGAAGUACAUCCACUAUAAACUCUCACAGAGGGGAUACGACUGGGCUGCCGGCGAGAACAGGGCACCCCUGCCUCCAGGUCUCUCUCCUCCUGCUGCUGCUGCGGUUGCUGCUGCUGCUGGGACUUCCUCUGAUCACACUGGGCCGGUGUCUCCGCACCCCGAGCCCCCCGGCUCGGCAUUUGUGGCCUUCUUCGAGUUUGGCGGUGUGAUGUGUGUGGAGAGCGUCAACCGGGAGAUGUCUCCCCUUGUAGACAACAUUGCUGCCUGGAUGACUGAGUACCUGAACCGGCACCUGCACAACUGGAUCCAGGACAACGGAGGCUGGGAUGCCUUUGUGGAGUUGUAUGGCAACAGCAUGAGGCCUUUGUUCGAUUUCUCCUGGAUCUCUCUGAAGACUAUCCUGAGUCUGGUUCUGGUGGGAGCUUGCAUCACUCUUGGCGCUUAUCUUGGACAUAAGUAGAGUCACCCAGUUUAUUGUGGAUUACAAAAGUCUUUCAAAACAACAAAAUAAUAUUUUUUUUUUGUAGCACAAUGAUAUUUUAUGAGCAAAGCAACUUCCCAGCGAAAGAUUAAAUCAGCUAUUACUGCCAAAGGAAAUAUCGUUUAUUUUUACAUUGCAGGAAAAUUAUUUAUUAAAAGAUAUUUACAUUUUAACCUGCUAUUUUCAGAACCUCAGCAAGUUGUAUCUGUCAUCGCAUCAUGUUGUUAUUCUUAACUUUAAUGAGCCCCAGAGUAUUUUAGGUUCUUUUUUUAAUUAAUGCCGCUGGAUGGAUUAUUUUAUCUCUGAAGAGCAAAUAUACUGACAAAGACCUACCUGCUUACACUUAUGAGGGCAGUUACUUGAGCUGCUAAAGGCUGCGAAAUUUUGUUGAUUUUCCUUGCAUUUUUCCGGGAGGGAUCUGAAAGACAAGGUCAACAUGAACAAAGUUCUCACCCUGUCCUGCUAGCAUGAACUGAUGGAGUAAACGAUUCAACAUGGUACAUACGAGGAGUCAA